CGACCUUUGAUCCCAUACAUGCUACCAAGUUCUUCUCCUUCUGGAGGCAAUGUUCCGAUGCGGAAAAGGGAUCACAGUCAUUACCUUCUUGAUGACCAUGAACCCAACGACCAUUUACAGCGUUCGAAACUGCUGAGGGUAAACCAGACCCCACUUCAUACACCGAGUUCGAGCUACCCAGACGUCGAAAAUUCUUUUACCUCGAUGCCUCUACCUUCCCCGACUGGGCACCAGGCUACUCAGCCUGCCACAUGGCGAGCCACAGUACCCAAAAUCACAUCAAAGCAGAAGAGGUUCAUUCGAAAAUGGUACGAAGACUUCGUAAAGGGUCAGGGAAAUGCUUUCCUCGCCUAUGAAGACGUUAUUGCCCUUGCCACGCUUGUCAAAGCCCCACCACAUCCUGUGAAUGAGUACAUUCACCGAAAAUUUAUCAGUCCUGCUACUACGCAUUCACCCACACAUUCUAACCUCCAAGAAACCAGGCAGCCCAUGAACCGCAUGCAAAGCUACUAUUCCCCUCCUAAUUAUUCCCUCAAGGAGGCAAAUCAGCAUUUGCCUAAGGAGGACCUUCGAUUAGUUGAGAAUUAUGUAAUAGGCUGUCAACGCCGUCGUGCACAAAAGGAUGGCCGCAGAAGAGUCAACGAAGGUCCAUUCAAGUGCACAUUUGGAUGCGGGUACCGUACAAAGCGUCCGUACGAUUGGAGACGUCAUGAAGAAACUCACGAGCCGCAAGAGCUUUGGCUAUGCUAUCUCUGUCGUCAGAAAAAUGAGCAGAAUCCGUUCCUGGUCAACCGUAAGGACAAAUUUUUGAAACAUGCUAAAGAUGCCCACAAGCAGUAUGAUCCUGAAGAUCUCUUCGGCAUGUCUAAAGUCGAUUUCCAUGCACAUGUGGACCCUAAAUGCCCACUCUGCCCUGAAGAUUGCACUUCCUGGGACGACAGAUGCAAACAUAUACUCGCUCAUUAUGAGGAUGAU